CAUCACAGCUGUCAGCAAUGUGACCAAUCCUUUUCAACAUCUGGAAAUUUAAAGCGCCACCUGCUUGUUCACACUGGAGAAAAACGGUACGGCUGUGAAGAGUGUGGGAAAACUUUCACUCAAUCAGGUAAUCUCAAAACACAUCACCGUAUUCACACUGGAGAAAAACCGUACAACUGUGAAGAGUGUGGGAAAACUUUCGCUCAUUCAAGUUCUCUCGAAACACAUCACCGUAUUCACACUGGAGAAAAACCGUACAACUGUGAAGAGUGUGGGACAACUUUCGCUACAUCAGGUGCUCUCAAAACACAUCACCGUAUUCACACUGGAGAAAAACCGUACAACUGUAAAGAGUGUGGGACAACUUUCGCUACAUCAGGUGCUCUCAAAACACAUCACCGUAUUCACACUGGAGAAAAACCGUACAACUGUGAAGAGUGUGGGACAACUUUCACUUGUUCAAGUAAUCUCAAAACACAUCAACAUAUUCACACUGGAGAAAAACCGUACAGCUGUGAAGAGUGUGGGACAACUUUCGCUACAUCAGGUGCUCUCAAAACACAUCACCGUAUUCACACUGGAGAAAAACCGUACUGGUGUGAAGAGUGUGGGAAAAUGUUCACUACAUCAGGUAAUCUCAAAAUACAUCAACGUAUUCACACAGGAGAAAAACCGUACAACUGUGAAGAGUGUGGGAAAACUUUCGCUCAUUCAAGUUCUCUCGAAACACAUCACCGUAUUCACACUGGAGAAAAACCAUACAACUGUGAAGAGUGUGGGACAACUUUCGCUACAUCAGGUGCUCUCAAAACACAUCACCGUAUUCACACUGGAGAAAAACCGUACAACUGUGAAGAGUGUGGGAAAACUUUCGCUUGUUCAAGUAAUCUCAAAACACAUCAACGUAUUCACACUGGAGAAAAACCGUACAGCUGUGAAGAGUGUGGGACAACUUUCGCUACAUCAGGUGCUCUCAAAACACAUCACCGUAUUCACACUGGAGAAAAACCGUACAGCUGUGAAGAGUGUGGGAAAACUUUCGCUCGUUCAGGUUCUCUCACAACACAUCACCGUAUUCACACUGGAGAAAAACCAUACUGGUGUGAAGAGUGUGGG